GUGAGAGUGAGAGAGAGAGAGACAUGGCUUGGUAUUAUCGGGCAAGUUUGACCAUGCACGUCCUCCUUCUCCUAACAGUUGAUCAUCCCGUACGCGAAUUGUGGCUACACAUCUAUCAUUGGGUUUGGGGAUUCACUUGCUGAUACUGGCAACGAAUACAUCUAUGCCCUUGACCACCAUAAGGGUCCGUACCACUUCCUCUUCCCUCCAAAUGGGGAGACCUACUUUCAUCACCCCACCGGGCGCUGCUGCGACGGUCGUUUAAUGAUAGACCUCAUUGCUGAAUCUAUGGGGCUUCCACUAGUACGACCUUAUCUUGAAAUCCUGAACGUCAAUGAAACGGUGCGCAACCUUGACGAGGGUGUGAAUUUUGCAGUUGUUGGAGCCACUGCACUUGACACUGACUUUCUUGACCCAAUGGGACGUUAUGAUAUAUUUACAAACUUCUCUCUAAGAAUUCAAGUGGACUGGUUCAAGGGAAUGCUAUCACCUUUAUGCAAUACAUCUUCAGACUGCAGGAAUCUCCUUUCAAGUUCUCUUAUUGUUAUGGGACCGAUUGCAGGCAACGAUUACAACUGUCCGUUUUUCGCAGGAGAGAGUUUGGAAAUUGUUAAAACAUAUGUUCCGUUCGUGAUAGAAGCAAUGGCUUCAGCCAUCAAUGAGUUGAUUCAGCAUGGGGCAUCGACACUUUUGGUACCAGGCAACGCUCCAAUUGGUUGCAUUCCUUGUUAUCUUACCUUAUAUGAGGGUUCAGAUGAGAGUGAAUAUGACCCUUUAACUGGCUGUCUUACCUGGUUAAACAAGUUUUCUGAGUAUCACAAUGAGCUACUUAAGACAAAGCUAAGUCAGAUUCGAAGCCUUCAUCCUCAUGUCAACAUCAUUUAUGGAGAUCUUUACAAUGCUGAGCUACAAUUGUAUCAGUCUCCAGAACAUUUUGGAUUUACCGAGAAUACUUCCAGAGCAUGCUGUGGAGGAGGAGGGACGUACAAUUUCAACUUAUCAGCACUAUGUGGUCUUCCAGGAUCACGUGCUUGUGCAAACCCUGCAAAGUCUAUCAACUGGGACGGUCGGCACACUACUGAAGCAGCAAACCAGUGGAUAGCCAAGGCCUUAUUAAAUGGAAUUUACACCAUUCCCCACAUUAGUACCUCCUCUGUUUCACAACAGUGAUUUGGCCUACAGAUUUAUUUUGCCAUUCAUAUCACACAAGAAAUUAUCUUGUUCCAUUUGGUGAUGUCACUUGGUAGACUUACAUCCCAUCAAUAAUUAUUUUAAGGGUUCUUUAGAUAUAGGUCCUUGAAACUCCUAUUUUUAAAAUAAAAACCCACCUAAAUUUAAACAUUCAAAUAAAA